ACAAUGUGAACACCUCAUUACGUCUUGAAGAAGUAACACUUGAUGACUCUGUAUCUAUCACCUGUGAUGUAUCCAAGGGUAAACCGCGCCCGUUUGUGCCGUUAUCAAUGAGACGAUUAGUCUUCUCUAAGAUGCAUGGCAUUUCACAUCCUGGUAUUCGAGCUACGGUGAAGUUAAUUACUGACCGAUACGUCUGGCCAAAGAUUAAUCGAGACCUUCGACAGUGGUCCAGAGCUUGUUUAGCGUGCCAGCGAUCGAAAGUGCAAAGACAUAUUCUUUCACCUACGGGAAGAUUUUCCCCACCGGAUGGCAGAUUUGACCAUAUACACGUUGACAUCGUUGGGCCACUACCUCCGUCAAAUGGUUUUAGCUACAUUUUAACAUGUGUAGACCGAUUCACGAGAUGGCCAGUGGCAAUACCUCUGCAGGAUAUAUCUGCCGAAACAGUAGCAAGAAAUAUCAUCCAACACUGGAUUUCUAACUUUGGUGUCCCAAGUGUCAUCACCACAGAUAGAGGUGCGCAGUUCGAGAGUAGUCUAUUUCAACAGUUAACUGAACUUCUCGGGAUCAAGCGCAUAAGAACCACUGCGUACCAUCCUGCAUCCAAUGGUAUUGUCGAAAGGUUCCAUCGACAACUAAAAGCAGCACUGAUGGCAGUAAAGACUGAUGACAAGUGGAGUGACAAAUUACCACUAGUACUCCUUGGUGUACGUUCGAGUGUCAAGCAGGACAUUGGCUGCUGUACUGCUGAGUUAGUUUAUGGAACUACUUUAAGAUUGCCAGGAGAGUAUUUUAACCCAGCAACAGACGUUCCACCGGACUUGACUAACUAUGUACAACUACGGCGACACAUGAGCACACUUCGACCUCAGUCCCCACGAUACCGAGACAACCAAGUUUACGUACCUCAGUGCAUCUCAAACUGCACUCACGUUUUCGUCCGACACGACGGCGUACGAAAACCUUUACAGCCCCCGUAUGAAGGACCUUUCAGGGUAAUUAGUAAAUCAGACAAAGUUGUCACGGUAGAACGCUCGGGUAGACGAGAAACGGUCAGCAUUGAUAGAAUCAAAUCAGCGUUUAUGGAACCAGAUGUCACGGAUACCAAGUCUGAACCCGCAGUGAAGCAACCGGGAACCACCGUCAAAACAGAAACAACGGCAUCGGAAUCACCCAAUAGUAGCGACGGUAGCAGAACCACGAGAUCCGGAAGAAGAGUCCGUUGGCCACUUUCAGACAAUUUACAUUUCAUGAAACCAAUUCCCUAG